AUGGGUUACAAAUUUGGAAUUACUGAAACUCGUAAAAGAAAUAGACCAAACCAUUAUAGUUUGAUUCGCUUCCUUGGAACAGGUGUUGGAAGACAUCUGUUUGUUUCAAGAAAAUUAGGCCCUCCAUUGCAUGCCCUUAAUAUUAGGCAGAACUUAUCUGCUCCACUUAUUAAAAACUUCACAUUAAACAAAUCUGAAACUAAUAAUUCUGUUUUUCCAAAUCAAACAAAGAAAAAAAUGGCCUUCUAUGGCACUGUACAAAAAUGCAAGGCUUGUGGCAAAACUGUUCAUUUUGCUGAGACUAUGUCUGCAGAUGGUGUUCCUUAUCACAAAACCUGCUUCAAAUGCAGCCAUUGCAACGGGCGCCUCGCGAACAGGACUCCCAGUAAAGUCUCUACCUUCUUCUCUGGCACACAAGAGAAAUGUGCAGUGUGCAAAAAAACUGUGUACCCACUGGAAAAGGUGACAGUGGAGGGUGAAUUUUAUCACAAAACGUGCUUCAGAUGUGCUCAUGGAGGCUGCAAUUUGACAACUUCAAACUAUGCUGCUUUGGAUGGAAUCCUUUACUGCAAACCCCACUUUGCACAAUUGUUCAAGGAAAAGGGUAGCUACACUCAUCUCACCAAGACUACUUCCAUGAGGAAAAAUAGUGGGGAAUCACCAGCUUCUGAACUAGAUCAGCCUGAGGAUCCGACGCCGGCCGAACCAAACUCUGUGGUUGCACAGGAAACAUAGAUUUUUUGUCCAGAACUAUAUAAACUUGCUGCUGCUGCAUUAAUGCUUUGAUCAAACCGCGCAUCGUUUUCUUGACAAAUUGAAGUUUUGAGUUGUUUGGGGACUAAUCUAAUAUUAUGUUGUUGAAUAAUAGUCAUACUGAAGAUUUUUUGUAAAAUUUUUAUUUGAGUUCAUUGAUCAUAUGUAAUUCAUUGUUGAGUCCAUGUUCACUGCAUAUCAAACAUUUUAUUCUUAAAUUUAUUUAUUUAUUUAUUUAAA